CUCUCCCGCUGCUAUGCGAUUGACGACAGAUUCUGAGAGCUGCCUGAUUGGACGCGGCUCGUCAAGCAAAGGGGCAGGUUCGGCCUGGCCCGACGUUGUCGCUGGCUCGGACAUGGAUGCAGCAUCUAAGCAACGGUAGGCGGACGCGCUGCAGACCUGAAGGAGGCGGUGGCCUGCAAUCGAUUGAGAUAUUGAAGGGGCAAGCCGGUCGCGGUGCAGCGAAACUGCGAAACCAGCAAAAGUCCCUCAUCGUUUCACGAUGUUUCCCCCUUUGCGUGUCCUAGACGACGUCCCCAAAGAUCGACAGUCAGCCAGUUCCGACGCAGCGCACGGUGCCCUCCUCAGUGUGCUGCCCACGAUGAGCUCCAUCGGCACAUUCUCAGGUGGUUCGUUUCAAUCGGCCGAGGAGCAGAGCCAGCCUCUCGAGCCAAGCAGCUCACGCUCUGCCUCGCCAUGUAUGCCUGUGGCUUCGAGUAUAAGCCUAGAUGACAAGUCGAGCGAGAAGAGUGUCGAAGCUAGCAGCACUCCCUCGAGCUCGAGCACAGACACGACCACCGCUCUCGCCACAAGCGCAAAGGAUGCAGUCGUAUCCUCAAAUCCCAGCACGAUUGCAGACUAUCCGGUCACGCAGACAAAUCAGCGCCCUACACGCUCACUGGCCGAUCAGCCCGGGACUGCAGCUAGUCGCUGGGCGACCAAAGAGCCGCUCGUCAGUCCUACACUGCCCACAAGCCGACCAAGCAAAGCCGUCGCGAUCCGCAAGCCAGGUCAAAUUUCACCCGCAACAAGCGCAUCGCUCUCGCCAGUGUCUUCCAUGAGCGCCUUGUCUGCAAGCAGCAUGAGCUAUACCUCCUCCGCGACCAGCUUCUGCAGCACUCAGUCACCCACACUGUCAUCCCAUCCACAAAACAGACAUCAGCCCGGGCCACAUCUGGCAGAGACAGUCUCACUUUUGCUGCAGCGCGUCAGACAGCUUGAAGAGGACGCAAUCAUGCAAAGCUACGGUCUCGAACAAUGCCAGAAGACGAUCGCCAAGCUCGAGGGAGACAUUUCUUUUCUCUCCGGCUGCCUAUCUGCUCAGACGCCUGUGCGUGACACUACGCGUGCUGAAGCCCAGGAUCUUGCAACCAAUGUGCUGCUCGCAUCUGGACUGAACGAUCCUGCUACUGCCUUUGCCCCCGGACCUGAGCAUCUCGAGAUGCCAGUCCCUAGCGUGACGAGUGCCCUGCCGAGCAUGUUUGCCUCGAGUACUACGCCCAGCUCAGUCGGCUUCGACAUCGGCGCCGAGCAGGCUGGUGAUGCAGCAUUCGCUGCCUUGACGCUCGGCGGACAAGUACCGGAAAUGAGCUUUCCCAUACCACGCAACCAAGACGCUCCUUCCGCCAACAACGGAUCUGCACAGACUGGCAAAUGGGAGCAGUUGGGCAUCUCGCUCGACCUGCUGCGUUCGAUCACCAAGUAUGGUCUUCGUCCGCCUUCAAAAGUGCUCGCGCGCGCAAUUCCUUGCUUACUCGAAAGUCAAGACAUCGUCGCCCAGUCGCCACCCAUGCAGGAACGCAUCCAAAUCUACAUCGUUCCUGCUAUUCAGAUCGUCGCCAACAUCAUCAGCGAGGCUCACGGAUCAGUCUGGCCUCAGCAGACGAUGACGAAUCGACGCGCAGGCGUACUUGUUGUGGUCGUCACUGCGACUGUUGAUCAAGCUACGCAAGCUGCUCGCCUCGCCUCUAUCCUCGGUGGAUCUCUUGGUGUCGAGACAGCUGCGCUCGUGGGGCAGCCUGAUGAGCACCAGGGACUGCAGCUUCUCACGCCUCACAUUGUGAUCGGCACGCCUGCCCGUCUUACAGAGAUCUUCGGACUCAAGACCGUCUCACUCGCCAAUGUGCGCAUGUUUGUCGUCGAUGAGACCGACCAGAUCAUCGCUCGAGGAAUGGCCGAAUCCGUUCUCGCUUUCGCGCGAUGGCUUCCCGCAAAUGGAAGCGAAAUGACUUCUGGAGAGCGUCAGACAGCUGUCUUGUCCUGCACUGUGCCGCAAGAUGUGCUCAGCUUUGCUUCUUGCCUUCGCCUCCGCGAACCUGUCCGAGUCCUGGUUCGCCGCGAUGGAGCUCAGAGCACGCCCAAUGUCCGAACGACCAAGCAGUACUUUCUGUACAUCGCACCGAAUCCAGCACGAACGGAAGCCAACGAGUUGAGAGCCAUCAAAUUGGACGCCCUGCUUGAUCUGUGUGACGAUCCGGACUUUGAUGAAGCGCUCAUCUAUUGCUCAAGCAUUGACGCCGUUGACUCGAUCUCGUACAAGCUGCAAUCUGUCGGAAUCGAUGCGCUCGCUCUGGUUCGUCUUCGUCUCAGCACAUGUACUGCUCUGACGAGCGUGUAGCGCGGCGAUAUGGGCUCGACGGCCCGGCAGGCUGUCUUGUCGCGCUAUCGAUCAGGAUUCGGUGCAAAGCGCUGCCUCGUGGUGUAUGAUGCCCUGGCCAAAACGAUGACCGAUGUGACCGUCAAGUUCAUCCUCAACUUCGAUCUUCCACGCGCCGUCGAGGACUACUCAGCUCGGUGCGUAUGCGAUUGGAGGCGCAACCUUCAGACUGACGCGUCAUUUGUAGCGUGCUGAGCCUUGCGAGCCAUACCGCUCUGAAGGCUGUCAUCUCGAUCGCAUGCUCGGCCGGUGAUGUGGACAUGUUGCGCAACUUGGAGUCGACCCAUCGCUGUCGGAUCCUGGAACUGCCGGCGUCGCUUAGCGAGCUUUGACUCCUGUAACAUGAGAGGGGCAGAAACCCCUUUGUUGCCAUGAUGCAUCAACCCUCAUUCUUCCUCUAGCG